AAAAAGAAGAAAGGAGAGAAACACGUAUGAAAAAAUUUCUUUUAUCUUUCCUUUGAUAAUGCUCGUCUUUGUAUGGCAAAAGUACGAAACAGUGGGCAACGCGUUACGUACCACUAAAACUAGCUCAGACUGAAAGCUUCCCUUUACUCUCACUCUCUCUAGGGCGCUUUCGUUGAGCUCUGUUCCUGCCUCCUUUCGUAAUUUCAGAUUUGCUGCCAGCAAGCUAUGGCGUCACAUACUGAGACAUCAAGACAACAUCCUCGUCUUAAUGAAAGGAUACUCUCUUCCAUGUCCAGGAAAACUGUUGCAGCUCAUCCUUGGCAUGAUGUUGAGAUAGGACCCGGAGCACCAAGAAUCUUCAAUUGUGUGGUUGAGAUAAGUAAGGGAAGUAAGGUGAAGUAUGAACUUGACAAGGAAUCUGGUCUAAUCAAGGUUGACCGUGUUCUCUACUCAUCUGUUGUGUACCCCCACAAUUAUGGUUUCAUACCACGUACAGUCUGUGAAGACAAGGAUCCGAUAGAUGUAUUGGUCAUUAUGCAGGAACCAGUUCUUCCAGGCUGCUUACUCAGGGCUAAAGCGAUAGGCCUCAUGCCCAUGAUUGAUCAGGGAGAGAAAGAUGACAAGAUCAUUGCUGUAUGCGCUGACGAUCCUGAAUAUCGCGACAUUAAUGACAUUAAAGAACUUCCACCCCAUCGCUUGGCUGAAAUCCGCCGUUUUUUUGAAGAUUACAAGAAAAAUGAGAAUAAGGAAGUUGCAGUUGACGACUUUCUUCCAGCUGAAAAGGCAUAUGAAGCAAUCAAGGGCUCCAUAGAGGAAUAUGCAAAAUUUAACUGAUCCGGAGCAAUGUUUGUCAGCUCAGUAAAUAUAAGGCUGCAUGUUGUCAUAGAGAAUAGCAAACCAAAAAUUCUAGCAUAACUUUGUUGCACCGAAAAUCAAAGUUUUACAAACAUUUCAUGCAACUGUAAACUUUAUCUUGGGUAGACUUUCAAGUUUUUCUAUUUUACUGGAUUAUCUUUUUUUUUUUUAUUAGUUUUUUUAUGGAGAUAGGAAGGAUGCUAAUUACUGUUCUUUAAUAGCUUGGAGAUGAUUGAAAUUUCAUAGUCGACAUAUUUGUUCACUUCGCCACUCCUUUAAGGACCUUAGAAAUUCGAAACCCGUGAUCCUUUUCACCCGGAAAAUAAUUUUAUCUGUUGGUGUUUCUUGUAUUCUUAAAUGAAGACUUAAAUAAUUCUUGA